AGAGAGAGAAAAAGAGAGAGAAAGAGAAAGAGAUAUCUGUGUAUAAAGCUUGGACUUUUUGUAGUGAUCCAAAAGAGAGUCCUAGAGAGAGAAGAAAAGAGAAAAGAGGAGAGAGAAAAGCAUUGAAUGGAUCUUUUUCUUGUGAAAUCUUUGUUGUGGGUUUGAAUGCAUGAGUGUGUGGGUUUUUUCUUUAGUGGGGAUGUUGAUGAUGGACUUGUUCUUGACUCUGGUGAAUAUUCUAUCAAGAUAUUGACCAGGAAAAGAGCAAGAAAUCGGUUAAUUCAUGUGGGUUUUCCCCCUUUUUCGUCUCUGAAUUAGUCUUCUAUUUAUCUUUCGAUUUUUGGAUAAAAAGUUUUGAUCUUUGAAGUCGAGAAAGAAUAGGGUUUAUGAGAUUCAAGAUUUUGUUUGAAAGUAUUAAAAUUCGGUGAUUUCGAGAAGACAAUGAGAGUCUACUCUGAAGAUUAUUAGUUCUAUUAUUCAGGCUCUGUUCAUGCAAGUUUUUAGGGCUUAUCCACGGAUUCUUUGGAUUUAUCUGAAGAUUUUUGAGCAUUUACUCUGAAAGGGGUUAUAACAUCAUAUGAACUGAAGCGUUGUUUGGGGAAUUUAUAGAAGCUUGAUUGAAAACAAGAAAAAAAAAUGAUUACUUUCAUGGAUUCAAAAGAGAAAUUGAAAGAAACUGAGAGAUGCUUAGAUUCUCAGUUAUGGCAUGCGUGCGCCGGAAGCAUGAUUCAAAUGCCGGCGGUGAACUCGAAAGUGUUUUAUUUUCCUCAAGGCCACGCCGAGCAUGCCACCGGAAAUGUCGAAUUCCGGGAGCGAAACAGUCAGUCGAGGGUUCCGGCGUGGAUCCCAUGUCGAGUUUCUUCUGUUAAAUUCAUGGCGGAUGUAGAUACCGAUGAAGUUUAUGCAAAAAUCAGGUUGAUUCCGGUGAGUGGUUCCGGCGAAUUCAGUUCUUUUGAUGAUGAAGAUACGAGUUCUCAGAACGGCGGAGGAUCAUCGGAGGGCCAAGUUAAACCGUCGUCGUUUGCAAAGACAUUGACACAAUCUGACGCCAAUAACGGCGGCGGGUUUUCCGUUCCAAGGUAUUGCGCCGAAACGAUAUUCCCACGGUUAGAUUACUCAGCGGACCCACCGGUGCAAACCAUUCUCGCUAAAGAUGUUCACGGCGACACAUGGAAAUUCCGGCACAUCUACCGAGGAACUCCACGGCGGCAUUUACUCACCACCGGAUGGAGCACAUUCGUGAACCAUAAGAAACUUGUCGCCGGAGACUCCAUUGUUUUUCUUAGAGCUGAAAACGGCGAACUCUGUGUUGGAAUCCGACGAGCCAAGAGGGGAAUCGGCGGUGGACAGGAAAUCUCCUCGGGGUGGAAUCCGGCAGGCGGCAACUCUGUUAUUCCGUAUGGUGGAUACUCCCCGGUGAUGAGAAACGGAAACGGAAACGGAGGUGGGAAUCCGUUCGGGAAGGUGAAAGUGGAAGCCGAUUGUGUAAUCCAAGCUGUAAAACAAGCAACCACCGGAAACCCAUUUGAAAUCGUCUUCUACCCAAGAGCAAGUACGCCGGAGUUUUGCGUAAAAGCUUCCCUCGUGAAGAACGCAAUGCAGAUCCGGUGGUCUCCGGGGAUGAGAUUCAAGAUGCCAUUUGAAACAGAAGAUUCUUCACGAAUCAGUUGGUUUAUGGGAACGAUUUCUUCAAUCCAGGUUUCUGAUCCGAUUAGGUGGCCCGAUUCCCCAUGGAGACUUUUGCAGGUGACAUGGGAUGAGCCGGAUUUACUUCAAAAUGUGAAACGAGUGAAUCCAUGGCUGGUGGAAUUGGUAUCAACAAUGCCGGCAACCAUUCAUAUGUCACCAUUUUCACCACCUAGAAAGAAAUGUAGACCCACCCAACACCCGGAUUUUCCACUCGACCCGCAAAUCCCGAUUCCCGCGCUUUGUGGGCCCCACUCGCACCUAUUUGGUGGGCCCACAACCGGCCCAUUCGGUUACCAUCUCCCGGAUAAUUUGAACUCUCAUCAUCCUGCUAGCAUGCAGGGAGCCAGGCACACGCGUUAUGGUUUAUCUCUCUCAGAUAUCCAACUCAAUAACAAACUAAACUCGGGGUUUUUCCCAACCACAAAACCGCUAAUCAACCCGUUUCCAAACAAACCCUCUGGGCCUGGAUCUGGAUCCGAGCCCGUUUCGUGUCUGUUAACCAUAGGGAACUCGGUUUCAAGCUCGAAAGAGCCUGAAACCCCUAAAAAGUCUCGGUUUUUACUCUUUGGUCAACCGAUUUUAACUGAGCAACAGAUUUCCCAAAGUGGGCCCGGGUCAGGGCCAGGGUCUACCUCUGGCCUUUCGCCAGGACAAAACCUAGAGAAUGACCUGAACAUGGAGACAGGUCAUUGCAAGGUUUUUAUGGAGUCGGAAGACGUGGGUCGCACCCUUGACCUCUCUUUGCUUGAUUCGUAUGAAGAAUUAUGUCAAAAAUUGGGUAAUAUGUUUAAAACCGGAAGCUCUAUAAUUAUGAACCGUGUUCAUUAUUGGGAUGUCAAAGGAACCCUAAAACAUAUAGGAGACGAACCAUUUGGUGAGUUUAUGAAGACAGCAAGAAGGCUAACGAUUGUAACGGAUUCAAGCAAUGGAAAUUAACCACGGUUAUAAUUAGUUGAUGUUUUUUUUUUUUUUUGGAAUUUUAAAGAAUGUAUAGUGAUUAAUUUCCUUUUUGUUAAGACGUAUGUUUUUGGUUAAAUUUGGUUAAAUUUGUGGGUAUUGAAUUCCCUAAAUUAAAAUGAAACUUAUUACUCCUGC